UCUCUCGUUCUCUUUCCUGUUUAAAUUUGCUCAAAAAUUCAUGUUCUCCCCACCCUCCGCCCUCCCUUUUCUUGUCUGGACAGUCUAUCUUGGAUAAUUGAGAGGCCUUGAUCAUAUCAAGUUGUCUGGUACUUGGAUUCGACUAUUAUUACGUGUAAUUGAAGAAAUGGUACUGUGCUUGGUUCCUUAUUUCUUGAGUUUUCCUCAAAAACCAAGUCCCAAGCAAGUGAAUACCAGGAAUUAUUGUCGACGACCAGCAUUUAGAUCAGCAUGUGUUUUCAGGCCUCAGAUUUUGCCUUCUACCAAUACAGAGGCUAAUGGAUUGCGUGUUUUCAUAGUGUCUGACUUGCAUACGGACUACUCUGAGAACAUGACAUGGGUGAGAGAUUUAUCAAAGAAGAGGUACAAGAAUGACGUCCUCCUUGUUGCUGGAGAUGUAGCUGAGACGUACAUGAAUUUCAUGUUAACCAUGUCCCUUUUGAAGGAUAGGUUUGAACAUGUGUUUUAUGUACCUGGAAACCAUGAUCUUUGGUGCCGCCAGGAGGAUCAUAGAUAUUUUGAUUCUCUUGAAAAGCUGGACAAAUUACUGGAUGCUUGUCAAAAGAUUGGAGUAGAAACAAAACCUGUAAUACUUAAUGUUCUGGGAAUUAUACCCCUGUUUUCAUGGUACCAUGAGAGUUUUGAUAAAGAACUGGACAUACCUGGCUUUCGGAUUCCGUCCUUGGAGAUGGCUUGUAAGGACUUCCAUGCAUGCAAAUGGGCUAAUGAACUUACAAAUGACGAGAAUUCUCUUGCUCUCUUCUUUGAUGUCAUGAAUGAUAAGAACAACGAUUUAGUUGAAGAAAUCAAAAGCAAAUGCAGCCAAAUUAUUUCUUUCUCUCACUUUCUUCCGAGGCAGGAGCUAUGCCCGGAGAAGAGAAUGCUUUUUUAUCCUAAGCUUCCAAAAGUAAUUGGCUCUGACUUUCUUGAAUCCCGAAUAAGAUCCAUACAUGGAAAUAAAGGUGCUGCAUCUGCAUGCCAUGUUUUUGGUCAUACUCAUUUCUGUUGGGAUGCUCUGCUUGAUGGCAUCAGGUACGUGCAGGCACCGUUAGGUUAUCCGCGAGAGAGGAAAAGGAGAAUGAAUGGAGGCGAAGACUGGCUACCCUUUUGUAUUUACUAUGACAGCAAGUUUGCAGAGAGGCUUUCGCCAUGCUACUGGUCCGAUUAUUAUUCCCAGAAUGCCAGAACUCCUGAUAUUACCCAGCUAGCCCCUUGGGUCAGCAGAUUUUAUACCCGAUUAUCAUGAUUUUUAUGGCAAUACAGCAGCAGACGCUUUGCCAUUAAACCACUAUCAGGCGAAUUAUGGAUAGAACAUCCAAGCUUCAGCAAUCAUUUUCAACCAUACGGUACUGAUUCUCCAUUGGGAUGAAACAUUUCAUUGUUGAAAUACCAUUCUACAGUUCAUGGAGUGGAAUCUCUAUACAGAUGGCUGCGGUUUUUGUCAAAUGUAUAUUUGUAUGAUUAACUACAUUCAUUCUUGUUAGUCUUAUGAACUAGCAUCAUUUUCUGUUUUCUUGUAUGACCUCUUGAUGUUUCAAAAUUGUAUUGUGGUAUGAACUUAAAGCACGAAAUAAGAGGUCUUCCUGAAUAACUUAUAA